UCUUUCCAAGCAGAAGAUGAGCCCGCCCAGAGUCACUUCCAAAGCCAACGGAGGAGCAAGCUGAAGUGAACCACCAUGACGUCGCCGUUGCUCAAGGCACACUCUCACGCCGCGGCCGCGCUGCACCCCCGGAGGGGUGCCGACCUCCAUGGCCGCUGCCCUGCCACCGUCCACCUCGGCAGGUCCCAUGAGCACGGGUUCACGUCCAGCCGUUGUUCCAAGGUACCUUAUCCUGAAACGAAAAUUUCCAUGUUCAGUGACAGUUAGAUGGAUGGACCUUGUGUUGCAGAGGUCGGGUUCGGCGAAGGUGAAGGCGUUCCCGUCGCUGGACGUGGUGCCGCUGAUGGUGACGAUGGUGGAGCACGUGGAGAUGUCGCGGGACUACGUGGUCACCAAGUCCAUCUGGCACCUCAGCGACGCUACCCUCAAGAGCGUCUACACCUUCUACGCCAUGUUCACGGUCUGGGGCGUCUGCUUCUUCGCGUCCAUGAAGGAUCCCUUCUACGACAGCGAUGCGUACAGGAGCCAGGGGGGCGAUGGAACCGUGCACUGGUACUACGACAGGCAAGAGGACCUGGAGGCGUCUGCGAGGGAGGAGCUGCUGAGGGAGGAGCUACUGGAGGAGAUCGAGCAGAGAGUCGGAGGGCUCAGGGAGCUGGAGGAAGCAGGCAGAGAGGAGCAGCUCACCAAGUGAAGAAGACGGGUGGAUGGUGCAAAUUAGCUAUCUGAACUUUGCAUGGAUCACAAACUUACUGUGCUGCACGUGUUUGUAUAUGCUGAAACACCUGAACUGCACUGUAAUGGCACAAGGAUAUAUACAGUUUCUUGGCCGGGCAUUGGGCAUUGGCUAGUGUUGGCGUCAACAUGCAAACGUGUUCGACAGAUUUUAGUCCAGAUAACGCAUGAUUGCACGCCA